GGAGGAGAAACAAGCGGAGGGGAAGGCGAAGGAGAGGAAGAAAGAAAGAGACCAUUAAAAAAAUUCACAGAGGGGUGGCGAUGGUGGUGGAAAAGCCCCUGAAGAGUGAAGGUGACGUCACAUCCCCUUGACCCUCCAAUCACCUCGGGGUCCCAUUUGAUUGGAAGGCGGCAAAGGCUUUAAUCUCCGACUAAUUCAGCUGCUUUUGAAGUGAGUUUCCUCGCCAGAUUCGAGGCUGGAUGGGCAGCGGCGAGCAUCACAGCUGAACAGGGAGGCGGAGAAAGGGAGGCGGCCGGGAAAGAGCCCGGAGCAAGGAAGCCAGCCAGCCAGAAAAAAGGAGAGGGACUGGGAUAGGGGGAAGCAGAAAACCAGAUUUCCCCCACAUCCCACCCCCCCUCCACCACCACCAUCAUCAUCAACAACAAAACACGAGGUUUAUUUCUGUUUUAUAGCAUUCUUCCGCUAGCCAAAUUCUGAGCCGCCUUUUAAACUCCCUAUCUUGAAACGCGCAGCCCUCCCGCAGAGAAGGAAAUUUUGGAGGAGUCUUCCAUUUUUAAAAAAGUGUGUAUAUGUGCGUGAUCCCUCCUUCCCGUUGACCAUAGAAAACUGAAAGCAGACGCCCUGUUUCGGCUCUUGAUCCGCGCGCCUGGCGCUCCCCCACCCCGCCAGUUUUCAUGCGAGGCUUUGGGUCAUGAUUACAUCCCCCUUGCUUUCUGCCGUAAGAAGUAGUCAGCACGGAGGAGGAGGUGGAGGAGCAGCAGCGGGAGGAGGCGCGAGAGAUCUCGGAAACAGCAGCAGCUCUGAUCUUCCCUGGCAAAGCGGACACUCUGGGAAUCCUACUAGCAGCAGCAGCAGCACCAAGCCUUUCUUCCACUCCGUCCCACCCUCGGACCCUUUACGCCAAGCGAAUCGCCUCCCCAUCAAAGUCUUGAAAAUGCUCACGGCACGGACUGGACACAUUUUGCACCCGGAAUACCUUCAGCCUUUGCCUUCUACUCCAGUCAGCCCCAUCGAGCUAGAUGCGAAGAAGAGCCCGCUGGCCCUCUUGGCUCAGACCUGCUCCCAAAUCGGCAAGCCCGACCCGUCGCCCUCAUCCAAGCUCUCGUCGGUCACCUCGAACGGCAACGACAAGGAAUCUUCCAAAUCAGGCCCCCUGAAGCUCAGCGACAUCGGUGUGGAGGACAAAUCUAGCUUCAAGCCUUACUCCAAGCCCGGCGCGGACAAGAAAGAGACGUCGGCGGGAGUAGGAGGCUCCGUUGGUUCCGCGUCCGCCUCGGGGGGAGGCUCGGGCAGCGGGAGCGGCGGCGGCGGCGGCGGCAACAGCGAGAAGUCGGGCUUCCGGGUGCCGAGCGCCACCUGCCAGCCGUUCACGCCAAGGACAGGCAGCCCCACCUCCAGCGCCUCGGCCUGCUCGCCCGGCUUGCUGCCCGGCAGUGACUGCAAGGUCGGCGACUCGGACAAGAAGGACGCCUCAGACGGCUGCGGCAAGGGGGGUUCGGAGUCGUCCGGGGGCCACAGUCGGCUGGGCGCGGGCUGUGGCGGGAUUACGGCGGAGCUGAGCCAGGCCCACGAGAGCGCGAAGGGCCUCCUGGCGGGCUCGUCGUCGUCGUCGUCGUCGUCUUCGUCCGCUUCCUCGGACUCCUCGUGCAGCGGCAGCAACACGGUCACGUCGUCGGCUGCCGCCGCCUCGGUGCUCAGCUCCGGCUUGGUGGCCCCCGUGUCGCCCUACAAGCCCGGGCAGACGGUCUUUCCGCUGCCGCCGGCAGGCAUGAGCUACCCGGGGACGCUGGCUGGCGCCUACGCGGGCUACCCGCCGCAGUUCCUGCCGCACGGCGUGGCGCUGGACCCGACGAAGUCUGGAAGCCUGGUGGGCGCGCAGCUGGCCGGCAGCUUGGGAUGCAGCAAGGCGGCCGGCUCCAGUCCCCUGGCGGGCGCCUCGCCACCCUCGGUGAUGACGGCCAGCCUGUGCCGAGACCCCUAUUGCCUGAGCUACCACUGCGCCAGCCACCUGGCCGGCGCCGCCAGCGCCUCCUGCGCCCACGACCAGGCGCUCAAGUCCGGCUAUCCUUUGGUCUAUCCCACGCACCCCCUCCACACGGUCCACUCCUCGCUGAGCGGCGCCACCCCGCCCUCGCUCGCCGGCCACCCCUUGUACCCUUACGGCUUCAUGCUCCCCAACGAUCCCCAGCCCCACAUCUGCAACUGGGUGUCGGCCAACGGACCUUGCGACAAGCGCUUUGCCACCUCCGAGGAGCUCCUCAGCCACUUGCGGACUCACACGGCCUUCCCGGGGACUGACAAACUGCUCUCCAGCUACCCCAGCUCCACUUCCUUAGCCAGCGCGGCAGCGGCGGCCAUGGCUUGCCACAUGCACAUCCCUACCACCGUGGCCCCGGGCAGCCCUGGCACUCUGGCUUUGCGCAGCCCGCACCACGCCUUGGGACUGAGCAGCCGCUACCACCCUUAUUCCAAGAGCCCCUUGCCCACCCCAGGAGCCCCAGUGCCUGUCCCUGCGGCCACGGGACCCUAUUAUUCCCCGUACGCACUCUAUGGGCAAAGACUGACUACAGCGUCCGCUUUGGGAUAUCAGUGAGUUUUUUGGGGGCUUUUUUUGAUUUUUUUUUUUUUUUGGUCGAAAGGGGGUGGGGUGGGAGAGGGAAAAAUCAAGCAACAGUUCUGGGGGAAAAGAACACAAAGCAACCCUUCAAAACUUUCUAAAAAAAAAGAAAAGUGAAAUUUGACUUUUUUAUAUAUAUAUAAAGAUAGUGUUCAUCUUGAGGACUGGAUCCAUGGGCACUGUAUUUAUUUAUGUUAGCUUCAAGCGGGACAAUGAAUCAAUAAAAGUGCAUUACAUAACUUCAGCUCAGUAGGCUUAAAGGAAAAAAAAUUAAAGUGGAAACACCCGUUGUAGAAUAUAAAUAAAAACAAAACAAAACAAAACUAGAGGACUUCUCUUUAAUGUUACUUUAAAAUUGCUAUGAUUGUAUUGUACCUUCUUAUUUAAUGUUUCAUUGGGGGAGGGGGUGGGAAAAACUCUACAUGCAUGUCUCUUUUUCAAAAUCGAAAACAAACAAAAAACCCUUCACCACUUAAUUUGCAAUUUGUCAGCUCGAAUUUCAAAUUGCAAUUAUUUUUUAAGACGUAUGCCAUCGCAGAAAGAGAAUUGGUAUUUUUUUGUACUUAUUCUGGAAGAAAGGAAACCCAACAACUAUUCCAAAAACCUCCAUUUGCCUUGUUUUUGUUCUUUAAAAGGAACAGUGGACUAUUUUUUAUUUUUUAAGUCCACCCUGUAGAAGGGGCAGAAACAAGGAUGACGUCAUGUAUUUAAAAUAAUAGACAAUGUAUCGCUUUAAAAGAUUAA